AUGCGCGCUGAGGACGCUUUGCAGGCGGAGCUGCGGGAGAUCGGCGGCGCAGAGGCGUUCGAGGGCGCCGCAGCCAUCGCCCCCGCCGGCGGCGGCCGCCGCAGGAGCACCAACGGCGCCUGCAACACGCUCGGCGGCGCGGCGGCGCCGCCGGCCACGGAGGGGCCGAGGGCGCGGCGCCCCAGUGUCCAUAAUAACCUGAUGGGGGAGCCCGGCGCCCUUGGUGUCGGCGAGGGGCAGGCGGGGGCGGUCGGCCUGGCGGGCAGCGUCGUGGCGCUGCUGCGAGGCAAGAAGUGA